AUGCCCAGCCCGGAGCAGGAGCUCCAGGGCGUGCCUGACGAAGAGCUGCACCUGGAGCUGGACGUAUCGGGAGACGGCGACAUGGAAGCCAAGAUCGCCUGCAUCCUCUGCCACCGGACGCAGGUGGCCCCCGACUGGCCCUACCACCGCGUCCCCCGCAACGUAACCGCCCGCAUCCUGGGGCGGGAGUUCUACGUCCGCGCCCACCCGUCGGUGGCCGACGGCGAAACGGUCGGCGCCGACUUCUUCGCGGGGCUGUAG